AUGGAGAACAGGACAGAAGUGGCACAGUUCAUCCUUCUAGGACUAACCAAUGACCCAAUACUGCAGGUUCCCCUCUUCGUUAUGUUCUUCCUAAUCUAUACCAUCACUCUGGUUGGAAACCUGGGAAUAAUUGUAUUAAUUCUCUGGGACUGUCGUCUCCGUACUCCCAUGUACUUUUUCCUUGGUCACCUGUCUCUGGUGGACUGUUGCUACUCUUCAGCUGUCACUCCCACUGUCAUGGCUGAAUUCCUUAUGAGCAACAAUGUCAUCUCCUAUGGUUCCUGUGUUGUUCAGAUGUUCUUUUUUGCAACUUUUGCUACUGUAGAAAAUUUCCUUUUGGCAUCUAUGGCUUAUGACCGCUAUGUAGCAGUAUGCAAACCUCUACAUUACACUGCCACCAUGACGACAAGUGUGUGUGCUCGUCUCAUCACAGGUUCCUAUAUCUAUAGUUUCCUGAAUUCUUCCAUACAUGUUAGGAAUACAUUCAGCCUCUCUUUCUGUAAAUCCAAGGUGGUCCACCACUUUUUCUGCGACCUUCCAGCAGUUAUGGCUCUUUCUUGUUCCAAUAGGCGUGUUAGUGAACUGAUUCUUCUUUAUGUUGUGAGCUUCAAUGUAUUUUUUGCUCUCCUGGUUAUCUUGAUUUCAUACAUUUUCAUUUUUAUCACCAUUCUAAAGAUGCACUCAGUUGCAGGACGUCAGAAGACGUUUUCCACCUGCACUUCCCACCUCACUGCAGUCUCCAUCUUCUAUGGGACAGUCAUCUUUAUGUACCUACAGCCCAGCUCCAGCCACUCCAUGGACAUUGACAAAAUAGCAUCUGUGUUCUACACUAUGAUUAUUCCCAUGCUGAACCCGAUAGUGUAUAGCUUGAGGAACAAGGAAGUCAAGAGAGCAUUUAUAAAGGUUGUUUUAGGGACAAAGUUGUCUUUAGGAUUGUGA